AUGGGAAGAGAGAUUAUUACGAUUCAAGCCGGGCAAUGCGGUAAUCAAAUUGGUUCUCAGUUUUGGCAGCAACUGUGUCUUGAACAUGGUAUUAGCCCCGAUGGCACUCUAGAAGAUUACGCUACGGAUGGCGUGGAUCGAAAAGACGUCUUCUUCUAUCAGUCAGAUGAUAAUAGAUAUAUUCCAAGAGCACUUCUGAUUGACCUUGAGCCAAGGGUGGUAUCCAACAUCCUUAGUGAUACAUACGGAAAUCUAUACAAUCCAGAAAAUAUCUUGGUUACAAAAAAUGGCGGCGGUGCUGGAAAUAAUUGGGCCCAUGGGUAUUCUUACGCCGACCGGAUUUUCGAAGAUAUCAUGGACAUGAUUGACCGUGAAGCUGAUGGAAGCGAUUCUUUGGAAGGGUUUUCUCUUUUACAUUCUAUAGCUGGUGGUACAGGUUCAGGAUUGGGCUCUUAUUUGUUGGAACGCUUAAACGAUAGAUUUCCCAAAAAAAUUGUCCAAACCUAUUCCGUUUUUCCUAAUAAUCAGUCGGUUUCUGAUGUUGUCGUUCAACCAUAUAACAGUCUUCUCGCACUUAAGAGGUUAACUCUCAAUGCUGACGCCGUUGUUGUUUUGGACAACGCCGCGCUGGCUCAUAUUGCUGCCGACCGUCUCCAUAUCCAAAACCCAACUUUUCAUCAACAAAAUCAACUGGUUUCUACUGUGAUGUCUGCAAGUACCAACACCCUUCGAUAUCCUGGCUAUAUGAACAACGAUUUAGUCAGUAUUAUCGCGUCUUUAAUCCCAACUCCUCGUUGUCAUUUCCUUUCUACAUCAUAUACCCCAUUUACGAACCAACAAGUGGAGGAAGCUAAAACAAUUAGAAAAACAACUGUUUUAGAAGUCAUGAGAAGGUUGCUUCAACCAAAAAACCGAAUGGUGUCUGUAAAUCCUAGUAAACAAAGUUGCUUUAUUAGCCUGUUAAACAUCAUUCAAGGAGAAGCUGACCCCACUGAUGUACACAAGUCUCUUCUCCGUAUUCGUGAAAGAAAGCUUGCGACUUUCAUACCUUGGGGACCCGCGAGUAUCCAAGUCGCACUUUCCAAGAAAUCUCCUUACAUAAAAACAAAUCAUCGUGUUAGCGGAUUGAUGCUUGCAAACCAUACGAGCAUUGCGUCGUUAUUCAAGAGGACCCUAGAUCAAUAUGAUCGUUUGCGAAAACGAAAUGCAUUCCUUGACCAAUACAAAAAGGAGUCAAUCUUUGAGGAUAAUUUGGACGAAUUUGAUUCUUCGAGAGAGGUUGUCUCCAAUUUGAUUCAAGAGUAUGAGGCAUGUGAGAACCCUAAUUAUCUAUCCAUGUGA